AUGUUGAAAGCGCCCAUGAUCAAGCUGAGCUCUGUGAAGCUCAAAAACGAAAAAAAAUCACCUGAAAACCAGGCGUCAGAUGUGAACUCUUUGAGUUCCGGUCUUACAGAUGUAGAAUUCUAUGGAAAUGCAGUACCAGACGAAAUAGCGAAGAAACGACCACUUGUGGUUCCAAUGCCCCCGAGAAGAUCAGCUAGAUCCCUUGGAACCGGAUCUCCUCAGAAACGCGCUAAUAAGCCAAAAGCGGCCAAGAGGUCACGCCGAGGUUCUGAAGCGAGCAACGAGAGUGACGAAUGGGAUCCGAAAAAGACAUCAGACAAGAAAGGGAAGUCAAGAAAGGCUACGAAAAAAAUUAAGGGCUUGGAGGAUUUCAUCGAAGAGAGUUCGGAGAGUGAAAAGGAUGUCCCUGAAGAUGGCAGUUAUUCGCGGAAACGUGCGUUCAAACAGUCUACACUCGAAGAGGAAGCAGAAAACGACGAUGAGGAUUCUGAACCUGAACUGGGUACUUUUGAAGCCUUGCACAUGGAAAGCCUGAAAGCGAAAGAAGAAUUCUUGAAGAUGUUGAACGUGGGCGAACUAAAAGAACCGGAACGUCCUCCUAAAAUCAAGACGAAGAGAUUGCCCAAAGUGAAAGAGAAGGUAUUCGAACAGAUGCCCUCAAGGAGAAGCGCGAGACUUAAUUUUAUCGAACCCAAGGAGAAGGAAGCGUUGCCGGAUGUGAAACGUUACGAAGAGCCUAAGAUUAAGCGCAACACAGAAUCAGUAAAGUUGGGCAUGGGUCUAGCUGACCUGGAAUAUUUCCACGAAGAUUCCGGUAUUCCUACCACACCAGAGCCUUCCUACCGAGUAAACCUGAUACUGAAAGAGUAUAUGAAGGCGCUCCGUAUGUUCUCGUUGUUUCCGAGUUAUUCGCGAAAAAUUGUCAAGAGCCGCAUCACGUCUAUUGCAAUUCACCCUGAUGAAGAGGAAGUCCUCGGAGCGAUUGGGGACAAACUUGGUUACAUUGGCAUAUUCAAACCUGAAGAUGACAUGUACAACUUCGACUUUCAUAUUCAUAAUAAUAACGUCAGUGGACUGACAUUCAAUCCCUGGAAACCUAAACAGUUGUUCUCCUGCGGCUACGAUGGUGUCUUUCGAAUGUUGGAUAUGACCAGGGAUUCGUUUGACGUGGUGCACGCAGAAACUGAAGAUGAGUCAUGGUACUCGGGCAUGGGAAUACUGGAUCCGAAUUCUCUUGUUUUGGCGAGGGGUAAUGGAGACCUACUUGUAAUUGAUACCCGAACGCCGCAAUCUCCAACUAUGACGAUUGAUUGCUCGGAAGAGGCUCUGAAGUGUAUUUCGCUCCAUCCCACUGAACCACACUACUUUGCCUUAGGAACUCGGUUUGGGUCUUGCGUCUUUGGAGACAUGCGACAAGCGAAGAAGGCAGUACUGUCUGUUUAUGAUGACAAGAGAUCCGUAUCUGGCAUUUCCUUUAGUGGAACGGGGAAAUAUGCUGUUUCGGUUUCCUUUGCUGACACCGUGAGCAUUUACAACAGUGAGGCUACUUUAAAACUCGGAGCUGGUGACGGAGGGAAACAGCCGGUGUCGAGGUGGAAACACAACAAUCAAACUGGACGCUGGUUGACGGGAUUACGGGCUUGUUGGUGUCCGGGUAGAGACGAUUGUUUCUGGCUGGGAUCUAUGAAUUAUCCACGAUCGAUCGAUUGUUUCGAUAUUGACGGUAAGCUGAUUCAUCAGCUCACUGAUGACAAACAAUUCGGCAUGACCAUUUGCUCAUUGAUUGCCGUCCAUCCAAUGAGGAAUAUGAUCUUCGGCGCGAACAGUACGGGGAAUCUCUUGGAAGCAUCGAAAUGGAGAAAUGACUCCGCGAUGACCCUGAGGCAGAUCUGCCUCAAGUUUAUCAGCGAGCGCCUGGUACAGCUCACGAAAUUGCGUCCGAACCCGGACUACCCUGGCGAGGAUGAAAUGCUGUUUCGCUCCCCGCUCCAAUGUUACCUCAAUUGCGGAGUCGCUGACGAUAUUCUGGAGGCCGUCGCGAGCCAAAAGUUUCUGACCAAUUCCAGUAUGGCUCUUUUCCAGCCGAAAUGCGCAUAUUUGGAAUCCGUCGUCAUAUCGGAUGCUUCGAAUUUGUCGCCGGUCGGAUUGAAGAACCUUCGGGGACACCAGCUCAAGUCGCUGGUGUGCCACGAUUUGAAAAUCCCUGUGUCGGUGCUUAUUUGUACGAUGAACGACGUGACACGACGGACGCUAGCGCACCUUAGCGUCUCCAAGUGCAGGUUCAACAAGAAUGAUUAUUACCUUUUCGUGCCUUUGUCUCAACUGCGGAAUCUUCGGGUCCUCGAUGUGUCUCAAACCGACUUCAACACCCAGGGCCUGGAAUUGGUCACUAAGGAUCUGCGACAUCUGGUGCACCUAGACAUCUCAGAGACAGACGUGGACGAUAUACGACCGCUAAGGAACAUAAGACGUGGACAGUUGAAAUUUCUAAAUCUCUACAACCUCAUGCGUCCGUCGUUUCCGGUCACUUUUUCCGUGGUUUCCGAUUUGAGCGGGUUGACGUUUCUGGAUUUGUCAAACGAUGGCGAGGAAGCGGAUGAAACGGGAACUGGUGUUUCGCUAGAGAUUUUGAAUGUGUUUCUUCAUAAUCCCACGUUUUUACCAGCAUUGCAACACUUGGACUUGUCUGGGUUUCCGUUUCCCCUGGCCCCGGCAUUAAAUAAGUUUGUGUUGGCUCGUCCGACACUAAAAUUUUUGGGCCUGUCGAUGACGACGAUGUGCUACGAUGACGCCUUCACAUGUAGGGACAACGAUAUGACGAUUACGGGAUGUGCAACAAAAGUUCAAGUUCUGAACUCGUUGAGAUAUUACCGUUCCCGUCACGUGUUCGUUCAGAGUGCGUUGCACCAAUUGUUCACGUUCACUAAUGCGUUUGUGUACGAGUUCAAACCGAAGGCGGAAGCACUGAACUUGGUACUUGAUGCCAUGGAACAACACCAGUUGCAAAGCCGGAUCCAAAUGGCCGCGACGGCGUGCGUUUACAAUCUUAGUAAAGGGGAAAAUUGUCGAGAAAUCAGCCCGUGUUCGCUGAGGCUUGCAGAAAAAUUGUUUGCUGACGCUGUGCAGUGAUCGAGUAUUACAAGAAGUAACCUUUGACCGCUUCAAGUGCGCUCAGUUGGUGUUGAACAGUUUAUGCGCUUUCCAAGACUCA